AGAGAGAGAGAGAGAGAGAGAGAGAGAGAGAGAGAGAGAGAUGCCAUUGAAUUGAUUACACAGUUGCAUGGGGAGUCAGAACUUUUGCAACACCUGGAGGUUCAUCUCAGCCCAACAUUGCUGUCUUCACUGUCCAUCCGUCACUCCUCCGUUGGCCACUCUCCAACUACCACCACCCCCCACCUUAUCCCCUCCUCCCCCUCCCCCACCAUCCCCUCCACACUUCUUAACACUAACCAUGGUUUGAUCAUUAAGUUAACUAGCUAGCAAGGUUUAAUAAAAAUAAACAAAACCAUGAAUGCAUAUUGCACAUUUGUCAUCCGACCCAGAACAGGAGGUCCUCUUUUGUAAAUUGCUCCAUUGCGAACACCAUAGCUAAACCCUAAAUCUGGCUUUUUCGUCCAUACAUUAAUGCAUACAGCCCCAUUUGCACAUAAACAAUGAAACAGAUGUGAAAAAAGAGAGCAAAGAAAAAGCUUUUAGAAAUCAUGAUAAGACUAAAUGCAGGCUGCACAAAUGUCACUGGAAAAUCAAGGAUACCAGCAGCAACUUUAUUCUCCAAAAGCCCUUGCCAAAAAUAGCAAAGAAAACAAGGAAAAUUAAACAAAAAUUAAGAAAAAGGUAGCAAAUUAAGCUGGGAGUAGCACACACCUCCAGAACCACCUAGCUAAGCUAGAUAUAUAUUCUUCUCUUUCCAAAGAGGUAGCCCACCCAUUUCGCGACUGCCGAGCGUCCUCCACAGCCACUGUUACUGAAAUCCAAGGUCCAACCUGUACUAGUAAUUUCCUUUGCUUUUUAACACUUUUGCUUUUGGUUUAAUGGACCAAACAGCGGCGGCAGCAGCUGUAGCAGGUGGCGGCCUUCGUGAGAAAACCGAGGCCUCUGGCUUGAGGGCAGGUGUAGGGGCUGAGCUCGGCCUUGUCAUUGCCAAGGGGGACAAGGAUAACCCGGAUCACAAGAGUAAAGUUCACGGGUCGGAGCGGAGCGGAUCGAUCCAUGACCUUGUCCGUGCUGUGACCAGUUUCGGUGUCCUCAGGAAGAAACGAAUGACCAGACAUAGGCGAUCCUCCAUCAUCAACUUUCACGACCUCUCUUCUUUCGCUGCUGCUGCUUCCUCCACCCCCUCGCACGUGCUACCACCCCCCUCCACUCUCCCUCCUGCACGUGUAAUUGAUCCAACACGGUUGCGAUUUCUUUUCCAAAAAGAGCUAAAGAAUAGUGAUGUGAGCUCUCUCAGAAGAAUGAUACUCCCCAAGAAAGCAGCCGAGGCUCAUCUCCCUACCCUCGAAUCAAAGGAAGGAAUGCCAAUCAACAUGGAUGACAUAGAUGGUCUGCAUGUUUGGAGCUUCAAGUACAGGUUUUGGCCUAAUAACAACAGCCGAAUGUAUGUACUUGAAAAUACGGGUGAAUUUGUUAAUGCACAUGGCUUACAGUUUGGAGAUUAUAUCAUGGUUUACCAAGAUAAUCACAACCAGAAUUAUGUCAUUCAGGCAAGAAAGGCAUCUGACCAAGAUCAUGUAUACGGAGACAUAAGUGGUAUGAACAUUGCGGUGAAUGACCUCUAUAUGCAGGAGUCGAGUUUGUUUUACAUGCCGAAAAUGGAAGAGGAUACGACUGCGGGCUUGUCAUUUGUGUAUGACACCACCACCUACUCAAACGACUCUCUGCUUGAUUUUUCCGGGGGAUCAAUGAUGACAAACUACUCCAGAAAUGGGUCUCUGCAUGAAAGUUUUGGAUCUGUUGAGAACUUGUCUCUUGACGACUUCUAUUAAGUUUUAGCGUAAACUAAUAUAUGUGCAAUAUCAGUAUAAGGGGCAUUGCAUGCAACUAUAUGAAAAUAUGUAACCACCUAAGUGAAAGUGACCAAAUGAGUCUGACUUUCUCUUUUUGUACCUUUGUAUCGUAUUUUGAUAGUUGAUCGUAUGUACCAAUAAAGGCAUGAGCGAGUGUAGUGCAAGUGUAUAAACUUGUGACAUGUAUUUUGUUUAAUUUUCUGGAUAGAUUUAUGAUAUCGGUUAAUC